UGUUUAUGUAUGUUUGGAUAUAGAUAUGCUUGUGGAUGAUCAAUCUCUGCAGAACAUAUGUAUAUCCACAUAUGCAUAUAUGAUGAUACCUCAAGAACAAAUCUCACCAGACCUCAUCUGAUUCUUGCCCUCUACCCUAAACUCGAUAGCAAGCCAGUGCACAAGAAUUCUUUAUUAGAAAGUUGUCGAAAUGUCUGCUGAUGAAGCCAUGCACAAGACCCUGGAGGACUGCUAUAACAACAAUCAUGUUCUUGAUAAAUAUUCUGACGAAGAUGAUGAUAUUGGGAGCAAUCUUAGCAGCGAACGUGAAGCCAUUGAUGAUGAUCAUAAGCCAGGAAAAGUGAAGAAGUGUAUGUCUUUGGGCACCGGGUUGGAUUUGAGAGCGAUGGCAUAUGAUUAUGGCAAUGAUUCCGAGGAUUAUGAAAGCUGGCAGAGAUCUUUCGAUGAUUCCAAGGAUUUUGACACCAUGAUUGCGCAUUCUGAAUGUUCAGAAGCGAACUCUGAUUUGGUAAACAAUGACGAAGAAUCUGCAUCAAAAAUGUCGUCAAAUGGCGACGAGAAACUGUCGGAGAUAGAUGAAAUCUGCGACGAUGAUGACAUUCCUGAUGAAACACAGCACGAAGAGGGAGAUUUCAGGCUAAGGAGGAUGGAGAAAUGGGUUUCAGAGCUGCAGAAUUGUGGGAGUUUUGAAGAAACAAAUGAUAAUAAUGAAGGUGCAGAGAGAGAUAAAGGGUUUAUGAUGUUGGACAGAACUUCUUCAUCACCUGUGCCCAAACUUGAUGAGAUGGUGAGCCCUGGCAAAGACGCUGUUAAGAAAUAUCUGUCUUCUUUGAGUUCUACAGCCACAUUUGCUCAGCUUGUGAACCGUGGAUUGGUUGUCAUCCCAUUUCUUAGUGCUUUUACAACCCUCAGAUCACUAGAUUUGCGUGGAAAUGCCAUAGCAAGGAUUACAGGCGGUUCUCUUCCUCGAGGUCUGCAUAUUUUGAACCUUUCCAACAAUAAUAUCUCAACCAUUGAAGGAUUACGCCAGCUUACUCGACUUCGUGUACUUGACUUGAGCUACAACCGUUUGCUAAGAGUUGGUCAUGGUCUAGGAUCCUGUUCUUCCUUGAAAGAAUUGUACCUAGGUGGGAACAAAAUUGGCGAGGUUGAAGGUCUCCACCGCCUCCUAAAACUGAACGUUUUGGAUCUGAGGUUCAACAAGAUUUCCGCAACAAAAUGUCUGCGCCAACUCUCAGCAAAUUUCAAUCUGCAAGCCAUAAACCUAGAAGGAAACCCUGCGGAAAAGCACGUCGGCGAUGAACACCUGAAGAAGUACCUGCAGGCUCUUCUUCCCCAUCUCGUCUUCUUCAACCACCAACCAAUCAGAGGUGGAGCCCUCAACCACUCCGCAGACCGCCCGGCUCGGUUGCUCGCUGGCUCCGGCCACUGCAUGCGCCGUGGUGGGACGCGCAGCCGCGGAUCUUCCUCACACAAGCUAUCGUCUUCGUCAGUCUAUAGCCGGAAAAGCCAAUCGACGGCGUUGCAAAGCCCAUCGACUGCGUUGCCGAAGGCGUGUAAAAGUAGGCGCGGAAGGGUGCCGCCGAAGGCGACAAGAAGAAGCUCUCAUCACCUUCACAGUUGUGAAGUUAGCAAGCUUGCAAGUUUCAGGGCUAAUAUGUAUGUGUAGAAAAGCCUCAGUGAGGCUACUUUGGUACUUUCCAAAACAUGGUUAUUAGUGUUUAAGGUUUAGUUACACCAACCCAAGAUGGUCGACCAAUUGACAGCUUGUGUCUAUUGACAGUUUGUGUCUAUUGUUUGAACCGACCAAUCUAUGGUUAAAGGGUUAUAAGAUAGGUUUUCUAAGUUCGAGAACUCUUCAUAGGAGUACAUUGUGUACUAUUUUAGCUGACCAAUCUCUAGUUAAAGGGAGUUAAGGGGUUAUAAGACAAAUUUUAUUCUGAGCCCGUAGCGAUUACAGGCUUUCCUAAGGUGUAAAUAAGAAAUGUUUAGGUGUUCCGUGCUA